AAGCAUUCUUGAAAGCCCAGGAGGAGAUGAUCUCAGAGCUCAGACAGCAGAAGUUCUACUUGGAAACACAGGCUGGGAAGUUAGAGGCCCAGAACCAAAAACUAGAAGAGCAAUUGGAGAAGAUAAGUCUUCAGGAACAUACUGAUAAGAACCGGCUGUUGGAAUUAGAGACUAGACUGCGAGAGGUUAGCUUAGAGCAUGAAGAACAAAAGCUGGAACUGAAACAACAAUUAACAGAAUUACAGUUGACCCUCCAGGAGAGACAAUCUCAGAUUUCAGGCCUUCAAGUUGCACGAUCAGACCUAGAGAAUCAGCUCCGUGAGGCUAAAACUGAAUUGGAGGAGACUACAGCUGAGGCAGAGGAGGAGAUUCAAGCUCUCACGGCACAUAGAGAUGAAAUCCAGCGUAAAUUUGAAGCCCUUCGUAAUAGCUGCACA